AGUAUCGGUAUUCGCUCCAUCCCUGGCCAUGAGUCACUUGGUUUAGAAUAAUUCAGUUUUAUUUUCAGUUUACAAAAACGUUGCAUGCGUGUAGAAUUUAAAUAUAUUUAAGUUAUUUUCUCAUCGAAAUAUAAACAUAAAAUAUGCAGGACCCAAACGAAGACACCGAGUGGAAUGAUGUGCUCCGCGCCAAGGGAAUUAUUGGGCCCAAGGCGAAGGAGGCCGCGAUCACGGAGGAUCAGAUCCAGAAGCUGAUGGACGAUGCCAUCCAGCGACGCACGGAUCUGCCACUAAAUGAGGGGCAGCGGGACAAGAAGAUAGACGACAUGGACCUGGACGAGCUCGACGAACUGGAGGAUUCCGAGGAUGAGGCUGUUUUGGAGCAAUAUCGCCAGCGACGAAUCGCUGAAAUGCGGGCCACCGCCGAAAAAGCGCGAUUCGGAUCCGUGCGCGAGAUCUCCGGGCAGGACUACGUCAACGAAGUCACCAAGGCCGGCGAGGGCAUCUGGGUGGUCCUCCACCUGUAUGCCAACGGAGUCCCACUCUGCGCCCUGAUCCACCAUCAUAUGCAGCAGCUGGCCGUCCGCUUCCCGCAGACCAAGUUCGUGCGCUCCAUCGCCACCACCUGCAUACCGAACUUCCCCGAGAAGAACCUGCCCACCAUCUUUAUCUACCACGAGGGAUCGCUGCGCAAGCAGUAUAUCGGCCCGCUGGAGCUGCGCGGUGACAAGCUGACCGCCGAGGAGCUGGAGUUCAUGCUGGGACAGGCGGGCGCAGUGCCCACUGAGAUCUCGGAAGAUCCGCGGCCGCAGAUCAGGGACAAGAUGCUGGCCGAUCUGGAGGACAAGAGUGCGGACUUCUACUAGGUCCUAGUCAAAUCAUAAUAGUCAUCCCACUUUCUGUAUCGUAGGCUGGGUCAAUAUUUUUUAGAAUGAAUCAUAGGGCCAAACCCAACUUAAUCUGGUAUUUAAAUCUAAUGUGAAGAAUACUUUAAAUUUUAAAGAAAAUUGAAGUUUUGUUUUUAUAAUAUUUAAUUGAUUUUCAUAAGCAAACUAAUGUAAUCACAAGCACUGUGAUUUUUAACCUGAACUGUAUUAAAGGUGGAAUAAAUUGGAGCAAUAAAUUAGUAGACCUAAUUUAAAACCAGAGAAUAUACAGAUUACCCUAUCAUUACAAAUUUGUUCCUAAAUCGCACAUAUUGACCCAGUCUACGGAUUUACGGAUUCCCCUUGCACGUGUUCAUUUCAUUGUUUUGUGGCAUUUAUGUACCCUCACAAAUAAAUCGUUUACUUUUCUACUGAAAA